ACGGCAACAACGGCGGCGCUGACGAGGCGGAUGGUGGGCGUGGUGGUGAAGGAGAAGGGUAGCAGCGGCAGCAGCAGCACCGGCUCGACCAUGUCGCGCAGUGUACGGGCGGAAACCCGGGCCAGCAAGAAGGAUGACGUGAAGAAGCUGAUGCUGUCGAUGGACCGAGUCCGGCACUGGGAAAAGAAGUGGGUCACCAUCGGCGAAACGUCCAUGAAGAUCUACAAAUGGGUACCGAUUUCGACCAACGACAAGAAGAAGCCGGGCCCGGGUAGCGGAUCGGGCGGCGGUACGGCCGGAUCGGGUGGCACGACGGGUACCAACGCCACCACCAACACCACCGGCAGCGGCAAAACAUCCGGCACGGAUGGACAAACGAAUGGGCAGGCUGGUGGGGCACCGGUUGGUGGUGGACAGGUGAACGGUGGCGGUAACAGUACGGGCGCGGUGACCGCGAACGGUAACAGCAAUAGUAGUGAAAACAAGGAAAACAACAGCAGAAAGCAGUUGCCACCGCCACCCGCCGGUACGGACUCCAACUCCAACUCCAACUUUGGUCUCGCGGAAGACUCCAACACCUGUUUUUCGAUCGUGAGCGAUUCGCAGGGUGCAACCGACUUUGUGUCGAACAUGUUCUCGGAGGACUCGAACUCACAAGGCAGUGAUAGCGCGCAACCGAAGCGAAUGAAAACGGAGUAGAGUACACA